AUGAUAAAUAGACAGUAUUUUAUUUGGUAUAUUUUUAUUUUUAAUAUAAUAAACAAAAUAUAUUUUGAAAAUAUAAGAUAUGUAAAAAACUAUGAGGUGGUGAUAAGGAAGAAAAAAAAUAUAGAAAGGGGGAUAGGAAAUGAUUUUGCAUUUAUAAGGAGAUAUUAUAAAAGCAGACUUUUGAGUGAUGUGUCUUAUAAAAAUAAUAGUAUUAAAGGAAAAAAUAGAGUGGAUAAAGAGGGGGAUAUAAAAAAAUAUGAUAAUAAUGAUGAUAACAAAAUGGAUAAUUCGUAUGAUUAUAAAAAUAAGAGUAUAAAGGAAAAUGAAACCAAAAUAAGAAAGGAGCAAGUUAUUUCAUUAGAUAAAAGGUACAAUAGGAAUAUAAAUGAAAAAGAAGAAAUAAAAAAAAAAAUAAAAGAUAUACAAAGAAAAAGGUUGAUUAUCUAUUUUAAACAAGAUAAUACUAUAUUAAGCUCAAGAAAUUAUAAACACAUUUUUAUGAAAGUACUUUCUAGUUGUGGACAUAUUGAAAAAUUAACUUUUAUUAAUUUUUAUUUAUAUGAAUUUCCUAAAUCUAUAAAUAACGAAGAUAUGCUUUUGAAAAUUUGUCUUCGCUUAUUAGAAAGUAGAAGAAUUAAUGUUGAGAAUGAUAACCAAAUAAGUCAUACGGUACAAAUGAAAAGUUAUAAUAAUAAUAAUAAUAAAUGGGACAAUAUCAAUAGUAAGAAUAAUUGUAUCUAUCAAAUUAAAGACAAGAUAAAGGAUCUGCCGAAUGUAUCUCCUUCCGCAUCUACAUUUACUUCCAUAUCUACAUCUCCAUAUACAUUGAAACUAAGAGAUAGAAACAAAUAUGCGAAUGAUAAAAAUCAUAUAUUUAAAAUUAAUCAUAGUAAUAAACAUAAAAAUAAUAAUAAUAAUAAUAAUAAUAAUGAUUAUCAUAAUAAUAAUAAAAGUAAUUAUCAUAGUCAUAGUUCGGCCAAAUGCCAAACGCAAAGAUUAAAUAAGAAAAUGAUCGGAACCAAUAUCUUAGAUGGUUAUGAUAUUAUACAGAUGGAAGAGGGCUUGAAUUUAUCACAUAACUAUGAGCUUAAUGAUGUUAAUGUUUGUAUUAUCGAUACAGGAAUUGAUGAGAAUCAUAUAGAUUUGAAAGAUAAUAUUAUAGAAAAGAAGACGUUUAUGAAACACAGCUACAAAAAAUAUAAUAUUGAUGGUAUUAAUAAUAUUGAAAGUGAUAAUAUUGAUGGUAUUAAUAAUAUUGAAAGUGAUAAUAUUGAUGGUAUUAAUAAUAUUGAAAGUGAUAAUAUUGAUGGUAUUAAUAAUAUUGAAAGUGAUAAUAUUGAUGGUAUUAAUAAUAUUGAAAGUGAUAAUAUUGAUGGUAUUAAUAAUAUCAAAAGUAGUGAUAAUAUCAAAAGUAGUGAUAAUAUCAAAAGUAGUGAUAAUAUUAAUAGUAGUGAUAAUAUUAAAAGUAGUGAUAAUAAUAAUGUGCAUACUAUGUUACGUAACAAAUUAUAUUUAAAAAAAAAAAAAGAAUGUAGUAAUUAUAAUACUUCUAAUGAUGGACAUGGGCAUGGGACAUUUAUUGCUGGUAUAAUAGCAGGGAACUCUCCGAAAGGAAAAAAAGGAAUUAAAGGUAUUAGUAAGAAAGCAAAAUUAAUUAUAUGUAAAGCUUUAAAUAAUAAUAAUGCUGGUUAUAUUAGCGAUAUAUUAGAAUGUUUUAAUUUCUGUGCUAAAAAAAAAGCAAGAAUAAUAAAUGCUAGUUUUGCUAGUACUACACAUUACCCAUCUUUAUUUCAGGCUUUAAAAGAAUUACAAGAUAAAGAUAUUCUUGUUAUUUCGUCAUCUGGGAACUGUUCAUCCAAUUCAAAAUGUAAACAAGCUUUUCAAGAAUGUAAUUUAAAUAUACAAAAAUUAUAUCCAGCUGCUUAUUCAGCAGAUCUAAAUAAUAUUAUCUCGGUAUCUAAUAUCAUACAACAAUCAAAUGGAAAUAUUGUAUUAUCACCAGAUUCUUGUUAUAGCCCUAAUUAUGUACAUCUUGCUGCACCGGGAGGAAAUAUUAUUUCAACUUUUCCCAAUAAUAAAUAUGCUAUAAGUAGUGGUACCUCUUUCUCAGCAUCCGUUAUUACAGGACUAGCUUCCUUAGUCUUAUCCAUAAAUUCUAAUUUAACCAGUCAACAAGUUAUAGAAUUAUUUAAAAAGUCUAUAGUACAAACAAAAUCGCUAGAAAAUAAAGUCAAAUGGGGGGGGUUCAUAAAUGUGUACGAUUUGGUAAGAUUCACGAUAGAUAGUUUACCCAAGGACAAAGAUGAAUAA